UUAUCUACAAUCCCGAAUGAAUUUAGGGUAAAAUCUAACAGACAAGACGCUCUAGAAUUUGAAUAAGGAAUCAAUACAUUCUCGUGUUCUUGACAUUCUAACAUCUUUCCCCAUGGCUUUGUCUGCCUCAUCCACCGGCCGAGCAAUCUCCUCCGUAACCAUCUCUUAUUCACCAUUAUUGGGGUUUCUCAAACCAAAUCAUCGACAUAAUCAUAUAAGCUAUGGGUUUAACAGCAAGUACAGCUCCAUGGCCAUCAAUUGUUCGUCUUCUGAAAAUGGUCGCUCUUCAGAUUCCAGGGCGUUUAGUUUGAAUGAAAAUGGAAAAGCCAGAGGUUCUGUUAAGUGGCAAAGGGUGCUUCUUAAAGUAAGUGGAGAAGCACUUUCUGGAGAUGGUGAACAAAAUAUAGACCCAAAGGUUACAAUGUCUAUUGCAAGAGAGGUUGCAGAUGUUACUCGGCUUGGCAUUGAGGUUGCCAUAGUUGUUGGUGGAGGGAAUAUCUUCCGUGGAGCUUCAUGGGCAGGAAGUAGUGGUCUUGAUCGUUCAUCUGCUGAUUACAUUGGUAUGUUGGCAACUCAUUUUCGGAUGUCUGAAGUGGCUGAACCUUAUAUUCGUAGACGAGCCAUCAGACAUUUAGAAAAAGGCCGUGUUGUCAUCUUUGCAGCCGGAACCGGAAAUCCCUUCUUCACUACAGACACCGCCGCAGCCCUUCGUUGCGCAGAAAUUAAUGCGGAGGUAGUUUUAAAAGCAACAAAUGUGGAUGGUGUGUAUGAUGAAGAUCCAAGGAAUAAUCCGGAAGCUCGACUCCUUGACUCUUUGACUUAUCAAGAAGUAACAUCAAGGGAUCUUUCUGUUAUGGACAUGACUGCAAUCACUUUAUGCCAAGAAAACAACAUCCCGGUUGUUGUAUUCAAUCUUGGGAAACCGGGUAACAUUGCAAAAGCUAUUAAGGGUGAAAGAGUUGGCACACUGAUUGGUGGUGUGUGUGUCUCAACAGCCACAAGGACUUGAAGGGACCUUUUCUGGUUAUAUGUGAAACUCCGAGGUUCUUUAUACUAAUUGUAUGCAUCUAAAAUAAGAAGGUGAAAUUUUGCAUUGUUUUACAUGUCAUGGAGUUUUAGGUAGCUUAAUGUAGUAGUUUUGUUAGCGUUAUAGCGAGAUUUAUUUAUAGUUUCUUUUUUCUUGUAUUAUCGGAACUUACAGGUGUUUGAUAUGUUGUUUUGUGUAACAUUGUUCUCAUUGUCUUUUGCUCAUUCAUAUAAGGGCACGUAAUUGUAAUAAAUUGGUUGAGUCAGUUUGUGAUAA